GAACUUCACAGUAGAUCAGAUACGGGCCAUCAUGGACAAAAAGGCCAACAUCAGAAACAUGUCUGUGAUUGCCCACGUUGAUCACGGCAAAUCAACCUUGACUGAUUCUCUGGUAUGCAAAGCUGGUAUCAUUGCCUCUGCCCGCGCGGGGGAGACCCGUUUCACCGACACAAGGAAGGAUGAGCAGGAGCGGUGCAUCACCAUCAAAUCAACAGCUAUUUCCCUAUUUUAUGAGCUUUCUGAAAAUGAUUUGGCCUUCAUCAAGCAGAGCAAGGACGGGUCUGGUUUCCUGAUCAACCUGAUUGACUCUCCUGGGCAUGUGGACUUCUCUUCAGAGGUCACUGCUGCUCUGCGUGUCACUGAUGGUGCCCUGGUUGUCGUAGACUGCGUCUCUGGCGUGUGCGUGCAGACAGAGACUGUGUUGCGUCAGGCCAUUGCCGAGAGGAUCAAGCCUGUUCUGAUGAUGAACAAGAUGGACCGAGCGCUGCUGGAGCUGCAGCUGGAGCCAGAAGAGCUGUACCAGACCUUCCAGCGCAUCGUGGAAAACGUGAACGUCAUUAUCUCCACGUAUGGAGAAGGAGAAAGUGGCCCCAUGGGAAACAUCAUGAUUGACCCAGUGCUUGGCACCGUCGGCUUUGGUUCUGGGCUGCAUGGCUGGGCUUUCACUCUGAAACAGUUUGCCGAAAUGUACGUUGCAAAGUUCGCUGCCAAGGGUGAUGCCCAGUUGAAUCCAUCGGAGCGUGCCAAGAAAGUAGAAGACAUGAUGAAGAAACUGUGGGGAGACAGAUAUUUUGAUCCUGCUACUGGCAAGUUCAGCAAAUCUGCUACCAGCCCUGAUGGAAAGAAACUGCCCAGGACCUUCUGCCAGCUCAUCCUUGACCCCAUCUUCAAGGUUUUCGAUGCAAUCAUGAACUUCAAGAAGGAGGAGGCGGCUAAACUGAUUGAGAAACUGGACAUCAAGCUUGACACUGAAGAUAAGGACAAGGAGGGCAAACCCUUGCUGAAGGCCGUGAUGAGGCGGUGGCUGCCUGCCGGAGAUGCCCUGCUGCAGAUGAUCACCAUUCACCUGCCUUCUCCCGUCACAGCCCAGAAGUACCGCUGUGAGCUGCUCUACGAGGGACCCCCUGAUGAUGAGGCUGCCAUAGGUAUUAAGAACUGUGACCCCAAAGGCCCCCUGAUGAUGUACAUCUCUAAAAUGGUGCCAACCUCUGACAAGGGACGUUUCUACGCUUUUGGACGCGUCUUCUCUGGUCUCGUCUCAACUGGCUUGAAAGUCAGAAUCAUGGGACCAAACUACACGCCUGGCAAGAAGGAGGAUCUGUACCUGAAGCCAAUUCAAAGGACCAUUCUCAUGAUGGGCCGCUAUGUUGAACCCAUCGAGGACGUGCCUUGUGGAAACAUUGUUGGUCUGGUUGGUGUCGACCAGUUCCUUGUGAAGACUGGAACCAUCACCACCUUUGAGCACGCUCACAACAUGAGAGUCAUGAAGUUCAGCGUCAGCCCUGUCGUGCGUGUGGCUGUGGAAGCCAAGAACCCAGCUGACCUGCCCAAGCUGGUGGAGGGACUGAAGCGUCUUGCCAAGUCAGACCCUAUGGUGCAGUGCAUCAUUGAGGAGUCUGGAGAGCACAUCAUCGCUGGUGCAGGGGAGCUGCACUUGGAGAUCUGCCUGAAGGAUCUGGAAGAGGACCACGCGUGCAUUCCUAUUAAGAAAUCGGAUCCUGUUGUGUCCUACCGUGAGACGGUCAGCGAGGAAUCCAACGUGAUGUGCCUUUCCAAGUCCCCCAACAAACACAACAGGCUGUACAUGAAGGCCCGGCCCUUCCCAGAUGGCUUGGCUGAAGACAUUGACAAGGGUGAGGUCUCUGCCCGUCAGGAGCUGAAGCAGCGAGCUCGUUACCUGGCUGAGAAGUACGAGUGGGAUGUCACCGAAGCCAGGAAAAUCUGGUGCUUUGGUCCCGACGGCACCGGCCCCAACAUCCUGACCGACAUCACCAAGGGAGUGCAGUACCUGAACGAGAUCAAGGACAGCGUGGUGGCCGGCUUCCAGUGGGCGACAAAGGAGGGCGUCCUGUGCGAGGAGAACAUGCGCGGUGUGCGUUUUGAUGUGCACGAUGUCACCCUGCACGCCGAUGCCAUCCACCGCGGGGGCGGGCAGAUCAUUCCCACUGCCAGGAGAUGCCUGUACGCCUGCGUGCUCACUGCUCAGCCCAGGCUGAUGGAGCCCAUCUACCUUGUGGAAAUCCAGUGCCCGGAGCAGGUGGUUGGUGGCAUCUACGGUGUGCUGAACAGGAAGCGUGGCCACGUGUUUGAGGAGACCCAGGUGGCUGGCACCCCCAUGUUCGUGGUCAAGGCCUACCUGCCUGUCAACGAGUCCUUUGGUUUCACGGCAGAUCUGAGGUCCAACACGGGGGGCCAGGCUUUCCCCCAGUGCGUCUUCGACCACUGGCAGAUUCUACCCGGGGACACCUUCGACACGUGUUUCCCCCGCUACCCCCCACCUUCCCCAUCAGAACUUUCUGGUCCCCCGGGACCGCCGGGCUCUGGGGUUCGCUCCUGGGAGCAGCCCAGGGGCUCCUGGCUGGUAACGGGGCCUGGUGGGCAUCUCCCACUCCGGGCGGUCGCAGCAGCACCCGAACAGCCCUGGGAGGGUCGGCAGCUGCCGUGUCCCUGGGAGGAAUUCCCUCCUCCAUCCCGGGCAGCGCUGGGGUUUCCACCCCUGCUCCGGCAGCACCGGGGUGCGUAA